AUGAUUCACCAGGAGCAAAGAAACUUCCUUGUCCUCCUGCUUCGUGGUCGCUGCCAUGUGCCUGUCACCAGUCCAUUAAGGGCAGUUCCACUCCGCUCACAGUGCACAUGGGAACAGAAGGUCCUGGGUCGAGAGAGACUCAGGACCAGAUUCCUGGUGACUGUGUCCCAGCCGUGCAGUGGGUUUGCUUUUAAUCAAACAACUCAAACCGCCUCUCUUUCUUCUUUCCUCUUAAAGUUUAAACUCAUAUCCCAGGCAUACGAAGUGCUGUCAGACCCAAAGAAAAGGGACAUUUAUGACCAGGGCGGGGAGCAGGCGAUUAAAGAAGGUGGCUCUGGCAGCCCCAACUUCUCGUCACCCAUGGACAUCUUCGACAUGUUCUUUGGCGGUGGAGGGCGGAUGGCUAGAGAGAGAAGAGGCAAGAAUGUUGUACAUCAGUUGUCUGUAACUCUUGAAGAUUUAUAUAAUGGAGUCACAAAGAAAUUGGCGCUCCAGAAAAAUGUAAUUUGUGAGAAAUGUGAAGGUGUCGGGGGGAAGAAGGGCUCCGUGGAGAAGUGCCCACUGUGCAAGGGGCGAGGCAUGCAGAUCCACAUUCAGCAGAUCGGGCCGGGCAUGGUGCAGCAGAUCCAGACUGUGUGCAUCGAGUGCAAGGGCCAGGGCGAGCGCAUCAACCCCAGGGACCGCUGCGAGGGCUGCAGUGGCGCCAAGGUGGUCCGAGAGAAGAAGCUUAUCGAGGUGCACGUUGAAAAAGGUAUGAAGGACGGGCAGAAGAUACUGUUUCAUGGAGAAGGCGACCAGGAGCCUGAGCUGGAGCCUGGCGACGUUAUAAUCGUGCUCGAUCAGAAGGAUCACAGUGUCUUUCAGAGACAAGGCCACGAUUUGAUCGUGAAAAUGAAAAUUCAGCUCUCCGAGGCCCUUUGCGGCUUCAAGAAGACGAUAAGCACCCUGGAUGACCGCACCCUGGUCAUCGCCUCCAAGUCAGGUGAGGUGAUCAAGCACGGGGACCUGAAAUGUGUGCGCAACGAAGGGAUGCCCAUCUACAAAGCUCCCCUGGAAAAGGGGACUCUGAUCAUACAGUUCUUAGUGCUCUUCCCGGAGCAGCAGUGGCUGCCUCCAGAAAAGCUUCCUCAGCUGGAAGCCUUGCUCCCCCCUCGACAGAAAGUGAAGAUCGCAGACGACAUGGAUCAGGUGGAGCUGAUGGAGUUCAGUCCCAACGAGCACAACUGGCGCCAACACAGGGAGGCCUACGAGGAGGACGACGACGGGCCCCGGGCCGGAGUGCAGUGCCAGACGGCCUGACACAGGGUGGAUGUAGAGGUGGCACAAUGAAAAUGGCCUCGCGUUUGGGGUGUCCUGUGUAUGUGUUCAGCAUUCUCAACUGCUGCGUGUCUUUUUUGGUUUUCCUUCUGGUUGUAACUUAAGUUAUAGCUUAAUUUAUAUUUAAAUGUUUUAAGUGUCAA